GGCCGCUCCGGCCCGGGGCGCGGGGCCGCUCCGUCGCCGCGGGGCUGCGCACGGCAGAUGCGCCGAGUCCAGGCAGCGCCGCCGAGGGCCACAGCGGCCGCGUGAUUAUGCACACGCGGCGCCAUGCCUCCGGCAGACCGGUUCCUCCUCCGCUCCGUUGCCAUGUGGCUGCUCCUCCCGAGCUUCCUGCUCGCGGCCUCCUGCCUCCGCUCGGCUGCCGCCUUCCCGAGGGGCUGCUACCCCUCGGAAGAGGAGGGACUCAAGACCUUCCGGUGCAGCCACGCUCGGCUGACCGAGGUCCCUAGGGACAUACCCAACGACACCAACAAGCUCUACCUGGACUCCAACCGAAUCCCCUUCCUGCCGCGCGACGCCUUUCGGGACCUGCCGCUCUUGCUGGAGCUGGACCUGUCCCACAACGCCAUCGCCAGCGUUGAGAGCGGGGCUUUCCGGGGCCUGGCGGAUCACUUGCACUCGCUGGACUUGUCUUCCAACAAGCUGGUGUCGGUCAGCAAGGAUGCCUUUAGCAACCUGAAGGCCAAGGUCAACCUCUCCAACAACCCCUGGCUGUGCGACUGCCGGCUGCAGGAGCUGAUCCGGACGGUGGAUCUGGCAGCGGGCUCGUCGGGCGGCAUCGUGUGCGACUCCUCCGCGCAGGAGGAGCACGUGGGCAAAUCCUUCCUGCAAGUGAUUGCGGACACGGACUUCUGCAACGUGUACAAAAAGACCACGGACAUCGCGAUGCUGGUCACCAUGUUCGGCUGGUUCGCCAUGGUGAUCUCCUACCUGGUCUACUACGUGCGGCAGAACCAGGAGGAUGCCCGGCGGCACCUGGAGUAUCUCAAGUCCUUGCCCAGCAAGCAGCGGAGGUCGGAGGAGUCGUCCACCAUCAGCACCGUGGUGUGAGGGACCGGCGUCACGGCGGGCGCGGGGACCCGCGGAGCCCGCGGGGCGGCUGCUCGCGGCUUCGCCGUGGCUGUAGAAGCUGUUACUAACCGUUGUCGUCGCACAGUAAUAACAGUGGGUUUGUUCCGUUCUCUGCGGGGAAACGAGGCCUGGUUGUGGGAGCGGGAGCCGGAGCGGGAGCGGGAUCGGGAGGUCCCGGGUCUGGCGCAGCGCGAGACGAAGCGGCUGCAGCGGGGAGCGACGAGCAGUCGACGAGCGCAGCCGAGAGCGGCCGGGGCGGCCGCCCGCGGGCUUCAGCCGCGCGCGCCCCCGCGAACGCGCGCCCGCCGCUCCGCCUGCGCCUCCUGCACAUUUACUCUUCAUUUUAAACUGUUCUGUUUCUUUUGCAGAAAUCCCUCGGGGCAUUAAUGAAAUCGGUGUUUUAGUCCCUCCCUGGCUUUCCCUUGGCCGCCGGCGGGACGCUCCGGCUCCGUGCAGGCAGGGCCCGGCGGCGGCGGCGGUGCGGCAGCGAGGGCAGCCCGCGGCGCCGCGCCGGGAGGUGCCGCAUGCCCGGAGCCCGGCCCGGCCCCGGGGAUGCACCGGGGCAGCCGGACGAGAGGUCGGAGCGUGUGCGGUCGGAGAGGGGCCCGAGCCGCGGCCCCGCCGAGCCGCGCUGGCGGCGCUCGGCGAAGCCGGAGCGGACCCCGAGCCUUCAGGCCGAGCCCGAGCCCGCUGGUUCGGCCGGUUUUGUCCUUUCUCCAACCAACUGGAGCUAAGUUGCCUUAAUUCACCAAGAGCACCGACCAAAGCUGCUUGAACGCCCGCCGGGCCGGG